AUGUCUGCUUCAUCUGAAUACACACCGUUGUCUCCCUCGUCUGCUGGCCAGUUGGACACGCGCACACGCUGGGACCUCGUCGACCAGGUCACAUUUCUCCUCCAGCGCAACGAAGAGCUGCAUGACCUUCUCCGGUCCGCGAACACGGGCGCCGAUGCAGUGCUCAACAAGAACCAGGAACUCCGGGAGUCCAUGGCCAAGCUGCGUGCUGAACUAGAUCGUGUAUACAGGGAGAUGGGCAACGAAGGGCAGCGGCAGACCGACCAAAUGCACCUGGACAUGGAGGUUGCGAGAAGGCAGGAGCGUAUCUCUCGGCAGCACGCUCAUCAAAUUCAUCUCUUCAAGACCGCUCUGCACAUGAGCACCAUGCUCAUUGCGAGAUUGGAUGACCACCUGGCUCACUUCAUGGAGAGCAGAGAUGCGGCGAGAGCUGAGGUUACGGACCUUCAACUUCAGUUAGCUGAGCGGGAUAGGACUAUUGCCAACCUGCGCUCACAGCUGGCCUCUGCUGUAAGCCACCACACCCCAUAG